UCUCUCCUAAUUUUGUUCCUCUCUCAUCACUCUGUUUCUCUCUCUAUCCAUCGCUUCGUCGUUGAUGAUUGAUCGCCGUUCCCAGUCCGCGUGAUUGGGGAAAUAAACGAAACCCUAAUCUGUUAGAUUCCUCUCGGGUAACUAUAUUUCCCACCAAAUUAUCGCCUUCGUUGGCGGUUAUAGGGGGAGGGUUGGAAGAGAGAAAAGCGAGAAGGGGGAAAGGUUAGGUAUUUAUGUCCCAUAAUCAAUCUAGGUUUGAGAAGAGCGACGGCCAGCUGAGGAAAUCCGGCGGUCGAUCCGGCCACGGCAGAGGGUUCUCCGGCGGUGGCGGUGCAGGGAAGGGCGGCGGUAGCGGUGGCGCCGCUCAUCCCCAUCAUCUAUCGUCCUCUUCUAAUCAGCCUUCGUCAUCAAGUAAUCGGAGUUUAAAGAAGUCCGGUAAUGGACAAGGAGGAGGGCAGCCAAGGGUAACUCCUGUGAGCCUGGGCCCCGAUACAUCUGCGAACACUGCCUCCCUGAGAGCUGUGCAGAAUGGUGCUCAUGGUCAAACCCCGCCUCAGGGUCCAUCUGCUUCAUCAAUGCCAAGUGUUCCAAGACCAGAUGAUACAUCUGCUCUGAGGACAUCUCGGGCCCUUCCAAAAGCUCCAUCUUCACGGCCUGCUGUUGGGGUUUCAGAUUCUGCGCCACCAAGCACACCUGUCAAAGGAGAUGGGACAAAACCAUUUGCUCUUCAAUUUGGGACUAUAAGUCCUGGCAUUGUGAAUGGAUUGCAGAUUCCUGCUCGGACCAGUUCAGCACCACCAAAUCUUGACGAACAGAAGCGAGACCAGGCCCGUCGUGAUUCAUUCAGGGCUGUGCCUACACAGCCUAUACCACCUUGCCCUAAUAAGCAGCAGCCACAAAUAGAAAGAAAGGAUGUGCCUGGCAUUAACCUGCCUCCUAGCGGGGAGUCACACCCUCCUUCCCAGGCAAAGAGAGAGGUGCAACAGCAGAUUUCAUCUGCGCCAGUUCCACCACCGCCAAAGUCUGCUGCGCUACCUAUUCCUGGAAUAUCUAUGGCAAUGCCAUUUCAGCAACCCCCAAUUUCCAUGCAGUUUGGUGGCCCGGGCCCACAACAAAUGCCUAUGACUUUGCCCAUAGGAAACGCCCCUCAAGUACCACAACACAUGUUUGUCCAUAAUCUUCAGUCUCAUCCUUUGCCGCCUCAGGCGAUGAUUCACCAGGGACAAGGCUUGGGUUUUGGACCUCAUAUUGGUCACCAACUUGGUCCACAGGGGAACCUUGGAAUUGGUAUUGCUGCGCCACAAUUUGCUCAGCAACAGCAGCCCAGAAAUUUUGCAGGUCCUCGUAAAGCCACUGUAAAAAUUACUCAUCCAGAGACCCAUGAGGAGGUGAGGCUUGAUAAGAGGACAGAUUUGUAUACUGAUGGUGUCUCAUCAGGACAAAGACCAAUUAAUAGUUCAAUGCCGCAAUCUCAGCCUAUUACAUCAUUCACUUCCUCACAUUACUUUCCUCAGAUGCAACCAAAUUCAUAUAAUCCUCCACCAAUCUUCUUCCCUACUAGCACAUCGGUGGCCACUGGUCCUCAACCUUCAAGAUUUAGCUACCCAGCUGGACAGAGCGGGCAAGGAAUUUCAUUCAUGAACCUGUCACUCCACAAUUCUGUGCCAGUAAAGUCAGAACCUUCUCAAGCUACAGCCCCAUCGGCUCCAGUACAAGGGUCAGUUAAGCCAACUGCUGUUCCAAUUGGUCAAAAAGUGGGGGCAACUUCAGUGACUAUUAGCAUGCCUGUUAGCAAGGCUGAACAACCUAAGUUGUUAAAGCCAACUGGGGAAGCGACUGUCAUCCAUCAGCAAAGAGACAGUGAAAUACCAGCAAUGACUGAAAAAUCUUCACAUGGAACUUUAUCAGCUCCAGUUAUUUCUUCUGGGGAUUCCGGAUCUGCUGAAUUAGCGACUGAUGGUAAACAAAGAGAACCUAUUAUAGGAUCAGAUUCCUUGAAGGAUCACCUGGAAAAACCUAGUAAAAAGGAUUUGAGGCCAUCUCAGCCACAGCAAAUAGAUGAUUCAGCCUCUGAAAUUACUAAGACAUUGUCUUCAAUAAAUAUUUCCAAGGAUGGAAGUCACGAAGAUGUAAAUGAACAUAGUGUUAGUACUCAAGCCCAAACUGGUGAACCAGUCGAAAGCAAAGAUAUACCUGCUAGUUCAAGUUCUGAAGUUAUCAAUGGGGAGGAAGCAUCGCAAGUUGUCCUCAUAAGCUGUUCUGGUAGUGGCAGUAUUCCAAUCAAAGAAAAGGUUCCUUCAAAUGCAAGUGGUCCUGAGAUAGAGGAAAACCUAUCUAAAGAUUUGGAAUCUACCGUACUUCAAGGGGAUAAUGCUUCUCUGGAGGACAUAUGGAAUAAAAAGGGGCCAGGAGAGUCACAAAAUGGAAGAUCUGAUGAAGUAUCUGAAGUCUAUGUUCUGGAUAGUAGUACUGCGAAAGUUCAUCCAGUUCCUACCGUCGGAGAAUCUUCUGAGGAUGUAAAGACAGUUGUUUUGGUUAAAAAGGAAGAGACUGGAACAAAUAAUUCAGAAAAACUAACCGACUCUGCAGAUGUUGGAAGGACUUCGAAUACAGUAGAAAUACAGGAUCCUGCAGAAACUUUAGAGCUUACAAAGGCUUCUAGCAGUGAGAAAGGCAUGCUUUCAUCUCCACGUAGAAUUAACAAUGGACUAGAAAAAACUGGUAGUCAUGAUGAAAAAACAGGCAGUCAUGAUGUUACGGAGGUGCCCAAAGAUGGUCGAGCUUCCUCUCUGACAUCUGGCCCCAAGGAUAAGCUCCCUCUUGAGUCCAUUAAGGCAAAGUCUGUUAGUGGAAAAAGGAAGAAAAGAAAAGAGAUAUUAUCAAAGGCUGAUGCUGCUGGAACUUCUGAUCUAUACAACGCAUACAAAGGUCCCAAGGAAAAGCAUGAACUUGCAAUUACUUCACAAAGUGUAGAGACUUCUCUAAGAGUUGAUGGGGGAAAAGUAAAUGCAGAUAGUCCUGAUAAAGAUGCAAUUAUAACUGAGGAACAUGCGCAGAGUAUAGCUGAAGUGGACGACUGGGAAGAUGCGGCAGAUGUCUCAACCCCAGAGGUUAAUGAUGUAAAUAAGCAUCUUGAUGAUGAUGAAAGUGAAUCUAACGGCACAAAGAAGUAUACUAGGGAUUUCCUUUUAACAUUUUCAGAGCAUUGUACUGAUCUUCCUAGUGGAUUUGAGAUCAAAUCAGAUAUAGCUGAUACUUUGAUGAGUGUUCAGCUGGGUAGCUCUUAUGUUGUCAAUCGUGAUGCCUAUCCUAGUCCUGGAAGCAUGACCAAUAGGUCACCGGGAGUUUCUCGAAGUGAUCGUCGAGGGAGUGGCAUGAUGGAUGAAGACAGAUGGACCAAAGGGCCUGGUUCUUUUCCUCUGCGUAUGGAUCUCCCUCAGAAUUUUCGUCCUGUUCAAGGUGUCGCUCCUGGGGUUUUAAGGAAUCCACGUGGUCAGCCACCAAGUCAUUUUGUUCCAAUUUUCCCUAUGCAAUCGCUGGUACCUCAGAGUGGAGCAGGACGCAAUAAUUCUGAUGGAGACAGGUGGCGUCAAAACAAUUCAAGAGGUUUAAUGCCUCCUCCACAGACACCUUUGCAAGUUAUGCACAAAGCUGAGAGGAAGUAUGAAGUAGGUAAAGUAUCCGAUGAGGAACAGGCAAAGCAGAGACAACUUAAAGGAAUUCUAAAUAAGUUAACACCUCAGAACUUUGAGAAACUCUUUCAGCAAGUUAAAGAUGUUAACAUUGACAAUACUGUUACUCUUUCUGGUGUCAUAUCACAAAUAUUUGACAAGGCCUUGAUGGAGCCAACUUUUUGUGGAAUGUAUGCAAACUUCUGCUUCCAUCUUUCUGAUGUAUUGCCUGAUUUCAUGGAGAAUAAUGAGAAAAUUACCUUCAAAAGACUCCUUCUGAACAAGUGUCAGGAGGAAUUUGAAAGAGGUGAAAGAGAGCAGGCUGAAGCAGAUAAAGUUGAGGAGGAAGGUGAGGUCAAGCUUUCUAAUGAAGAGAGAGAAGAAAAAAGAAUCAAGGCACGGAGGCGAAUGCUUGGAAACAUUCGAUUGAUAGGGGAACUAUACAAGAAAAGAAUGCUAACAGAGAGAAUAAUGCAUGAAUGCAUCCAGAAGUUGCUCGGGCAGUAUGAGAACCCUGAUGAGGAAGAUCUUGAAGCCUUGUGCAAAUUAAUGAAUACAAUAGGGGAGCAGAUAGAUCAUGCUAGGGCUAAGAAACAAAUGGAUGGAUAUUUCGACACAUUGGCGAAGUUAUCAACCAAUCAAAAAUUGUCUUCUCGGGUCAGGUUCAUGCUGAGGGAUGUGAUUGAUUUGAGGAAAAAUAGGUGGCAGCAGAGAAGGAAAGUUGAAGGUCCAAAGAAGAUUGAAGAGGUACAUAGAGAUGCAGCGCAAGAACGGCAAUCUCAAACAAGCCGGUUGACUCGUGGCCCUGGCAUGAGUUCUGCUUCAAGAAGAGGGCCUCCUGUUGAUUACAGUCCUCGAGGAUCCUCAGUAUUACCCCAAGCUGGUGGUAUCCGUGGAUUACCUACUCAAAGUCGUGGUGGUUAUGGUAUGCAGGAUGUUCGCCUAGAGGACCGCCAUCCUCAUGAAAACAGAACAUUGUCAAUUCCACUGACUCAGAGAAAUAUUGACAAUUCAAUUACCCUCGGUCCACAAGGUGGUCUUGCGAAGGGGAUGUCUAUUAGAGGACAGCCAUCAAUAUCAAAUGUUCCUGUGGUUGAUGCUCCGCCAUCAGGUCCAAAUGGUUACAAUGCUACACCAGAAAGAGUACCUUAUAGCCCAAGAGAAGAUGCAAUGUUGAGUUAUGUGCAGGAUAAGUUAUCGGAUAGCCGAGAGUCACGGAUAACAGAUCGUGCUUCUGACAGAUCUGCACCAACUGCUGUACCUGUUGGAAAACCUUUGUCUGAAGAGGUCCUACAGGAAAAGUCAAUAUCAGCAAUAAGGGAAUUCUAUAGUGCCAAGGAUGAGAAAGAGGUGGCUUUGUGCGUAAAAGAGCUUAAUGCUCCCAGUUUCUAUCCUUCAAUGGUGUCACUCUGGGUCACAGAUUCCUUUGAGAGAAAAGACCUGGAGAGAGAUUUGUUGGCUACUCUUCUUGUUAAUCUCUGCAAAUCUCGAGAUAGCUUACUCAGCCAAAACCAGCUCAGUCAAGGGUUUGAGUCUGUACUCUCGUCUUUGGAGGACGCAAUGAACGAUGCUCCAAGAGCAGCUGAGUUCCUCAGCCGCAUCUUUGUCAAAGUGAUAUUGGAGAAUGUUGUUCCUUUAAGAGAUUUAGGGAAGUUAAUUCAUGAAGGCGGCGAAGAGCCUGGACGAUUACUUGAGAUCGGGUUGGCUUCAGAGGUCCUUGGCAGCGUCCUGGAGUUCAUUAAAGUAGAGAAAGGAGAGUCCUUUGUGAAAGAAAUCCUUACCAGCUCCAAACUUCGGUUGGAGGAUUUUAAGCCGCCACAUCCUAUUAAAUCAAAAAAACUAGAUGCAUUUCUUUAGGUGGUAGGAAAUACUCUCUCUCUCUCUCUCUCUCUCUCUCUCUCUCUUUUGGGGGCUCCCGGUAGGUUCUUGUUUUAUAGUAGUUUUUUUUUUUUGUUUUUCAAAUGCCUUGAUAUUCUUUGGCAAGUCUUGAACUCUGGCAGAUGGAAACAUAAGAGGGGAGGUUUCUUAGGCUUAGUACUGUUUUAUUACUUUUUUUGCUGAAGCUAUUCCCGUGGGCAAUGGUAGCUUGAAAUCCAAACUAUUUAUGCUCUACUGAAGCAGAGAUUUAUGGAAGUUACCGCGGUGGUAUUAUACUUGCACAAAAUUCCCCAGGUCGAGCCAAAUCAUUUCCUGAAUUCGCCUGAUUCACCCGGAUCAAUGAGUUUUUUCGGGCCGUCCCGAGCGUUCUCUGGUGGGCCGAAACUGUUGGUUCUAACUAUUCUUUCUUCGUCCAUCGUGCGUGGAAUAAUUUUGAGCCCUCUUAACAGAGGGAGGCUAGCUGAACCAGUUAAUUGUAUGUUUUUUUGGACAAGGGAUUGAUCAUGAAGUAGACCGUUCAUUUCU